CUCUUAAUUAGUUAACCAAAAAAAAAUAGCCCAAAACGAGUCAACUCACCGUUUCGACUUACCGAGUCAAGUAGAAACACAGACAGAUUUGUCUCGCUCGAGCUUUAUUAAGGUCAAAUUGUGUUUUUUUCUUCUCUCUUCAAAACCAGAGAGAGUGAGAAAGACCCUCUGACCAAACUUGGUUUCAGAUCUGAAAAAGGGUUUUAAUAUCGAAUUAUCCGGCGUCGUUCCAUGAUCAUGAGCUGGACUAUCUGAACAUGCCAGGCCUUGUCUUCAACAGCCUUGUUACUGUUCAACUAAACCAUUAGUUAACCACUAAGCAGAGCUGACAACACAAAGACCAUUCAAUGGAUUCGACACACAGUGAGUUCAACAAACGCGCUAGAUUGUUUGAAGACCAUCAAAACAAAGACGCCAAGGUGAUUCAUCCAAUGAUCCCUGAAUCUACCACACCCCUUGAUAAAGGGUAUGACGCUUCUACAACCACUCAAAACUUGUUUAACGAAUCUAAACCUGAAGUGGCGACGCCGAAAGUACUUAAGAAGAGAGGAAGGAAGAAGAAGAAUCCUAACCCCGAGGAAGUGAACUCGUCUACUCCACGUGGAGAUGACUCAGAGAACCGCUCAAAGUUCUACGAGAGUGCUUCUGCUAGGAUGAGAACUGUGACUGCAGAGGAAAGAGAGAGAGCCAUCACUGCAGCCAAAGCCUACGAACCAACCAAUCCUUUCUUCAGAGUUGUUCUGCGACCAUCUUAUCUCUACAGAGGCUGCAUCAUGUACUUGCCUUCUGGUUUUGCUGAGAAGUACUUAAGCGGGAUAUCUGGUUUCAUCAAGAUCCAGCUAGGGGAGAAACAGUGGCCAGUGAGGUGUCUUUACAAAGCAGGGAGAGCUAAGUUCAGCCAAGGAUGGUAUGAGUUCACGCUGGAGAACAAUAUAGGUGAAGGAGAUGUUUGUGUGUUUGAGCUUCUCAGUACUCGGGACUUGUUCUGAAAGUCACUGCCUUUCGCGUCAACCAGUACGUGUGACUAACUCUUCAUGAGCGGUCUUCGUUCCCAAAGUUUUCAUGUAGGGUCUUUUUUUUUAUCUAUUUGUGCUGAGUGAAAUUCAGGUUACUAUGCUUUCAAUGUGAUUAAGUACUUGAAGAUUUGAGUGAAAAACUCUGUAAGAGUGGGUAGUUAGGGUCAAAAGUAGAAGUUGUUAUUACUUUAUGUGAAUGUUGACUAUGAUGUUGUUUAAGGGUUUUGGCUCCCAA